UAUCCGUAAGCAAUCAAGAGUCGGCAUUGUGUAAACAUAGGUAGCAGAAGAACUUGAUUAAAUACAGAGGCAAUCAUGAGGCUAUUGACGUGGGUUGUGAUUUUAUUCUCAGUUGCAACGAAAGGUCUAGAAAACUUAAGUCAACUUGAUACAUUUAGAGGAAUUGCUUCACAGAGCAGUUCAUACUAUUCUACUUCUCGAUACAAUGCAGACAAGGCUGUGGAUGGAAUUUUGGAAGACGCUGGUGGUGAAGAAACGUGCAGCAUUACUGUAGGAAAUCAUGGUGAAGAGGAAGCUUGGUGGAAACUUCCGUUUAAACAAAUGUCUAAUGUCGCUUACUUGGAAAUAUAUUUUAGAAGCUCAACUGUAAAUCGACAUGUGGGAUUUUCUGUUUUUGUGUUCAACAACUCAGCGUACAUCCCUCCAUCAAAUCCAUCUCAGCAUAAAGUGUUCACGCACAAUCCAUCUAAGUGUCUUGAACGUGUGACAAAUGUAACUAUCAAUAAGGUGACGCAAGGAAUAGCCUUGUAUAACCCUAAAGAACCUACGUCCAGAACAGUAUGUCGUGGUUUUGAGCCGAACUUUGCAACCAUUGAAGUCUGUGAAGUAAAUGUGAUGGGUUGUCCAUCUAAACAUUAUGGAGAUAACUGCACUCUCUGUGAUGUGAAAUGCCGUGAUAGGCAAUGUGAUGCCUUUAAUGGUUCUUGUAUCUAUGGAUGUAGUGAAACUGUCACUGAAACACCUUAUUGUUCGGGUAAGAGACAUGUAUUUUUAAUCAUAUGUAUAUGUAAUGUAUGGGUAAUCCGGGAAAGAGUAAAUUUGCGUUUGCGUUAA